AUGUAUAUUCCAAUAUCCUUCACGCUCCUAGUAACGUCAUCACUGUUCUGCCAGCUGGUUACCUCCAAAACCCAUGAACCCACCGAGUUACAUUUAAUACACCGUGUUGUGCACCCUGACCUUCCGGUGACACCAUGGGCUGAGCUCGGAACUGUCACCGUCCCAUCCUUCAAAUCCAUUUCACCCACUGGCUCAGCUGCCUCAUUGUCACUGGCAGAGUCAUUACGAGAUGACCUUGCAGAGUUCUCAGAGGCAGUCGAUCCUAAUAUGCAGGGUGCAAUGUACCACGUCGCAAUCGAGCGUCUGGAAUCGGAGGGGCCAGUAUCGAGUAUCAAAGCAUGCCUACUCCCUUCCUCCACUUCCGCAAAUGUAGUUAUCCAUUUCUCUGCGACGGGAGAACCAUUUGCGAUCGACUAUUUCGUUUCGCCUGUACCUCAAGAUGGAAUAUGUCCUGUGACGAACAUGGGGAGCUACCCGGCACAUAAUGCGAGCGUGGUACUCAAGUCACCACGGAUGGCGCCUCUACCUGAGUUGCGGAUCCCACCUCCGCUUACGCCUGAAGGCGAGCCAGUAGCACCCGUCCCUGAGAAAAGUUUCGUGCAGAAGUAUUGGAUAUAUAUGGUUGUUGUUCUCGGGGCAUUGCUGAUUUCUGGGCCUGCCGAGGACUCUCCUAGCGGGGAUGGGAAAGGAGGGAAGUAG